AUCCAGGAGCGAUGCGGAGACAAUAGGACUGGAGCUAGAGAAGCUUGCGAAAGUGCUAGCGGUCAGCUGAGCAAUGCGAAUUUACCGCUAGACCGGGUGUCAACAGCACGAUAAGGUACAUUUGAAUGCAGACGGGGAAGAUAAAUUGUUAUAUUAGCCAAGCAGUUUAUGUGCUAUCAUCCUCACGAUUUGUUAUUUAUCUGGCGUGACUGGGCAGACUUCAGAGCCCUCGUAUAUUGAAUGCUGUGUGUUGCUGAAAAGCUGCCAGCCUCGUAAGGCAAGGAAAGGAUCAGUGAUACAAGCCGUUAGCCACCUCUCCAGUCCUGCCUGUGUGUCAGUCCCCUAAACCCGUCACCUGUUCCUGUCCGUCCCUUAACCCUAUCCCCCAGUACACCCCCUGACCUGGUCCCCAGUAUGAGUUCUUCUCCGCUGGGUUCCCGUGGCAACAUGGACAUUCUGGAGGAACUGCAGCUGAUUGCAGCCCAGAACCUGGAGAUGCUAGAGAUUAACAAGUACUAUGAUGUCAUCAGGGAGCUAGGCAAGGGCACCUACGGCAAGGUAGACCUGGUCAUACACAAGAUCAGAGGCACCAAGAUGGCCCUGAAGUUCCUGAGGAAGAAGACGACCAAGCUGAAGUCGUUCCUGAGGGAGUACAGCAUCUCUCUCUACCUCUCCCCCUGUCCCUUCAUCAUUAACAUGUUUGGGAUCGCCUUCGAGACUGACGACUACUACGUGUUUGCCCAGGAGUAUGCCCUGUCCGGGGAUCUCUUCGACAUCAUCCCUCCACAGGUUGGUCUCCCGGAGACCGUCGCUAAGCGCUGUGUGCACCAGGUUGCCAUCGCCCUGGACUACCUUCACUGUAAGAAGUUGGUGCACCGAGACAUCAAGCCUGAGAACAUCCUCAUCUUCGACCGCGAGUGCCGCAAGGUCAAAUUGUCCGACUUUGGCAUGACACGCCGCGCUGGCUCGCCGGUCAAACGUGUGAGCGGUACCAUCCCGUACACGGCUCCGGAGCUGUGCGACACGUCUCGCCACGAGGGCUUCUGCGUGGACUACAGCACGGAUGUGUGGGCCUUUGGCGUCCUCCUCUUCUGCAUGCUGACCGGUAACUUCCCCUGGGAGAAGGCCCUGCCCUCCGACUCCUUCUAUCAGGAGUUCACACGCUGGCAGAGGCGCCGCACGGGCACCGUACCCUCGCAGUGGCGCCGCUUCACAGAGCAGGCCCUCCGCAUGUUCCGCAGGCUCCUCUCUGUGGAGCAGGACCGACGCUGCUCCGUCAAAGAGGUGUUUGGCUACUUCAGCCACAGCUGGAUGCUGGAUGGAGACAGCAACGGGAACGGAGGAGGGGGUGGAGAGAGAGAGAGGGAGAGAGGAGGGGUGAGGGUGGAGGGGGAAGGGAGGAGUACGUCGUCCUCGUCUGGGGAGGACGAUGAAGACAUGCUGGUGGAGAGGAUGAAACAGCAGACUCUGUCUCCUCUCUCUCCUCUGUCUCCUGUGUCUGUGGAGAGGGGGACUGGGGGUACAAAGGCAGGGAUGAUGGAAUCAGGUGGAGGACACCAUUUUGUGUCUGUUUCCACCACCAGCUCCGUAUCCUCUACUAACAGCUAUGAACGCAUGCCCAGAGACAGCAUCAGCAACAACAACCAGCCUGCAGGGCGCAUGCUGGUGGCUACACCUAUAGAGAUCUGUGUCUGAGAGAUGUAUGUGCGAGACGGGCCUGAGAAGGACUGAAAUACUGCGUACAGUACACACACACGUACAGACACCUACACUCAUAUACACACACAUAUCCAUACAUACAUACAUUCAGAAAGUAUUCAGACCCCUUUACUUUUUCCACAUGUUGUUACAUU